AUAGAGGUAUUUUCCUUGACCAGUUUUCCGUGGGGAAGUAUGCGGAGCAGUCGGGAACCGUUUCUUUCCCUGGUUCUUAAAUCACGCGGCAGUUUCACUACCCCUUCGUUCUCAAAAAUUCUCGCUCCGUGCGCGUUCAUAGAAAUCGGUGGUUCGGCUCGGACUGACCUAUCGUUGCAUUAUCUAUUGCCACUGUUGAAUUAAGUAUCGAUUGUGAGAAUUAACUUACGAGUGAUUCAUCCUGCGCACCAUCAGUUUGUUCGAAGUGCCCUCGAAGAAGACCGCUUCAAUUUACAUGUUAAUUGGUGAUCAUCCGCUCCAAAUUAUCGCUUUCGUUCACAGCGUUAAAAGAGCAAGGUUGGAGUGUAGGAACAUAUGAAGCGGUGUUGUCACAACAUAAAUAGCUGCGUGCAUGUGCUUGUUCUUCUACACGUCAUGGAGGGGAAAAGCUCAACGAACCAAGUGUUAUGGAGCAUGGGCUUCAUAACAGAUAUUCCCGUGCAGUGAUUGGAUACUUGGGUUUCAAUCCGCGGCCUCAAGUAUUGUCGAGUUCGGCGGAAAUAUUAAAGAAUAUCACACUCUUAAAAUGUCGUUUAAGAAAUAGCGAGGGCACAAGACAUGAGGCAAAGUAUUAAGUCACAGGGUGGAAUUAUCCUUGCUCAAGAUCUUGUUUCUGUUUGAUUAUAAGACCCAACAUUCGGAAAGCAGAUUUGGUGACGAAAUGAUGACCAAGAAAUCGUCAGUCAAGGCAUUGCCAAACUACAUGGAAGUCUUCAUGGACACAGGGAACCUAGCGUUAAAUAGUACCCUCGAUGGUGUUCUCAAGAUCAGCGGGGUUGGGGCUGCUCAUGCGGCGACUCAAGAGACGUACAGUUUAAUGAGGAAAGUCACAUCGACAGGAAGGCGUGACAUAGAAAAAAUUGUCGUGAAGGCUGGAAAAGAGGGUCUACAAUGGGGCAUGGUAGCAGGGAUGUAUGCUGGGUUUGCGUACGGUAUAGAGAAGGCCCGAGGCAAGCAAGAUUGGAAGAAUGCAGCUGUUGGAGGCGCAUUGACAGGAGUGAUUCUUUCCGUUUCAGAUGGCAGGAUGAGCCAAGAUAAGAUGGUCCGCACUGCCCUCACUGCUAGCGCUUUAGCCACUGCUGCAGAUUUCCUUAAGAUCUUUCAGUUCUAACCGUCACAAAAAAAUUACCGUGACAUUUCAUCGUUUCCAUGGGGAGGCUGAUCUCUGUCGAAUACUUUUAGCAUAAUAUCGCAUGAGCUUGACUUAACCGUCUAUCCUGUCGAACAUGAUCGUCGCCAUACAUUUACUCCCUGGGGGGAACUCAUCUCAAAUGCUUAUGUACGUGCUCCCCGUGCAUAUUUCAAGUUUCCCACUGCUUUUAGGCAACACAAUGUACUAAAUUUGUUCUUAAAUCUCAUCAUUUGCGCACUUUAGCUCCUA